AUGGGAAAAGAUAAAAAAAGUGGGAAUAAAGAAAGCGGGAAUAAGGUAACUAAAGGGAACAAAGAUGCUGCUGCAAGUAAAUCUUCAAAAAGUGGGAAAAAGGGGUCAGAUGCUGGUGAUGAUGAAAAGUCUGGAAAAAGUGGGAAACUGAAGGCAGCCAACUCAAUAAAGGUCCGACAUAUAUUAUGUGAAAAACAUUCAAAGGCCAUGGAAGCACUACAAAAAAUAAUCGAAGAGAAUAUUAGAUUUGAUAAGGUCGCUGAAUUGUAUAGUGAAGAUAAAGCCAAACAAGGAGGAAGUUUGGGUUGGAUGACAAGAGGAUCAAUGGUUGGUGAGUUCCAAGAAGCGGCAUUUGCAUUACAACCGAGCACGUUAGAUAAUCCUAUAAUUACUAAUCCACCA